AUGGACGAGCGCUUCAACAGGUGGCUGCUGCCGCCGCUGCUGGCGCUGCUCUUCCUGCUCAUCGUCUACCAGUACGUGUCGCCCGCCUGCCCCGGCGCCGCCUGCCCGCGCCGUCCCGCGGCCGCCGCCGCCCGCCGCGGGGGGGAUCCGGCGGCGCGGGAGGAGGAGGAGGCGGCGGCGGCGGCGGCGGCAGCGCUCCCGCGGCUGGCGGCCAAGUUCCCGUUCGCGCGGGGGGAGCUGUGCCGGCGGGUGCGGUUCGACAUGCGGGGCCGCGACGUGAUCGUCUUCCUGCACAUCCAGAAGACGGGCGGCACCACCUUCGGGCGGCACCUGGUGCGCAACAUCCGCCUGGAGCAGCCCUGCUACUGCCGCGCCGGGCAGAAGAAGUGCGCCUGCCACCGCCCGGGCGGCGACAAGGACACCUGGCUCUUCUCCCGCUUCUCCACCGGCUGGAGCUGCGGGCUGCACGCCGACUGGACCGAGCUCACCAGCUGCGUGCCCGCAGCCAUGGAGCGCCGCGGCUGCGCCGGCAACCGCACCCUCAGGAACUUCUAUUACAUCACGAUGCUGAGGGAUCCUGUGUCACGCUACUUGAGUGAAUGGAAACAUGUCCAGAGGGGUGCAACGUGGAAAACUUCCCUUCAUAUGUGCGAUGGAAGAAGCCCAACACCAGAUGAGCUGCCGACCUGUUACGAAGGAGACGACUGGUCUGGAGUCAGUUUACAGGAAUUCAUGGAUUGUACCUACAACUUGGCCAACAACCGCCAGGUGCGCAUGCUGGCAGACCUCAGCCUGGUGGGAUGCUACAACUUGACUUCUAUGAAUGAGAGUGAAAGAAAUACCAUUCUUCUCCAAAGCGCCAAGAACAAUCUGAAAAAUAUGGCCUUCUUUGGGCUCACGGAAUUUCAGAGGAAAACCCAGUAUCUCUUUGAGAGGACCUUCAACCUGAAAUUCAUUUCCCCAUUCACCCAACUCAACGUGACGCGGGCCUCCAACGUGGACAUUGAUGAGGAUGUGAGGCAGAGGAUAGAGGAGCUGAAUUUCUUGGAUGUGCAGCUGUACGAAUACGCCAAGGACCUGUUCCUGCAGCGCUUCCAGUAUUCCAAGCAAGAGGAGCAUCAGCAGAACCGUUUAAAGAGGCGAGAGGAGCGGCGGCUGCUGCGGGAGCAGAGAGCUCACCAGUGGCCAAGGGAAGAGGCAGCAGAAGUGGCUGUCACUGAAGAUUAUAAUAGUCAGGUUGCAAGGUGGUGAUGCCUCUCCAUCAUGACUAACCAAUGAGAGGAUCAGAGAGUUUCUGCCACUUGGCAACUUGGGACAUAGACAAGGAGGGCUUACUACUUUAGUAAAUGAGACCAUGUCUGAAAGCUGCUCCUCCUUGUCUCAGUUUUCCUUGUUUUCUGCCAGUGAGGAGAAUGUAUUUUUUUCUCAAUAGGCUUUGGUUAGUGUUAUUAAAUGGCAGUAGAAUAGAUUCCUGUCCAAAAAGACUUCUUUCAAAGCCCUAAGCUAUGAGGAUGUGUUGAAGAGAGAGCUAAAUCCUUUGCAUUAACAGAUACACCCUAUACAAGCUGAGCUAUCAAAACUUGUGCAGAUAUGAAUGAAAAAUUGGGAAAAAAUACCAGGUUUGGUUCCUGUGUGACGUGAGAGCUGGUUUAUUUCAUACGGUUCUUUGCAACUCUAGUGCUUAGCUUUAUAGUGAAUGAAAGGGAGGAAAGCACAUUGCCCUUCAAACCUCUACAUGCUGUGUUUGGAUUAAGGGAAGAAUUUGCUGAGGUGAUUAAAAGAGACCUAGGAAAUGUGGGGCUGGGCCAUCGCUUGUCUGUUCUGUUAGCCAGCAAUCCAUCAGAGAUUAUUUCUAAGUGAAGUGAUGGAGGGGUUAGCUUAUUUCUCCACAGAUGUUGAGAGUACUGAACACAGCCAGGUAGCAGCCAUCUUUCUGAGUGCAUGUGACAAAGGGAAAGCUUUGAGAAAUGAGGUUCACAUGGCAGCUGGGCACAUGUCGCAGAGAUUAUCUGUCUGGAGGCAAUGAAAUCAGCCUUUGCAUUCACAAAAGGUGAAGAGGAGGCAAGCAAACUACAGGGAAGAGGCAAGAGAGAGCAGGAACGGCUUAAAUAUUAGUGUGACAUUUUCCAGAUUUGCUGUAAAAGCCUGAAGAUACAUUGUCUGUGAAGGGAGGCAGGUUUAUGAUAUUGUCUGUUAAAAUACAUUGAUGCCAAGUGAAUACAAUUUAAAUUGGUUUUCUCUCUAACUACAGGAGUGGCUAGAAAAAAAUUGGCUUUUUUAUAGGAUACAUAAUGAAUAUGUGGCAAGUCUUGAUAUUUAUUACUCUGUAUGAAGAUUAUUGUAAAUUUAUUGUUUUCAUGAUGAGAGGUCGAUAUCUGUUUUUUUCCUUGACUAGAGAAAGAUUCAAUGGGUUCUUCCUCCACGUAUUACUUUCUUGUGGCUAAACUGCAUCUAAUUAUUCCAAGAUUUUAUGCUGUUCCAUCUAUAACAGUGGAUUUUUUUUUUAAAAGGGUCCUGUGCACCACAGAUCUUUUGAGAUUGUUUUUCCCUUCUUCUAGCAUAAUUGUAAAGCAUUAGGAGGAAAUUUCUCCAAGUGCCUCAGAGCAGCUGCUGAAUGGAGAUGCUGGGAGUGUAUUAUUGCAUGCAUGAAUGGCUUUUACCUUACAGAUUUGCUAAUUAGAGAUACCAGAGUACCUGAAGUGGAGGCGAAUUUCUCAUUUAUUUUCAAAAUUCAAGUUUUUUAUCCAGUUGGUAAAAAUAACAUGUUACAGAAAAAAAAGAGACUGAAUUUGAAAAUUUGUCCCUUCAUUUCCAAGUUGUUUUUUGGUGGGUUUUGUUGUUGUUGUUGUUGUUUGGGUUUUUUUUUGUCCAUGCUGUAUCUUUUUUUCAUCUGACAUUAUUGCUACUUAUCUGCACACAGUAUCAAAAAUAUGAUCUAACAAUGCUGUUGAGAGUUAAUGCAUAGAAUAAUACAUUAAACAUGGGAUCUCCUCGUGACCAUUAAGAAGCAAAGAGGGAUACCAGAAUGAUGCCCCAUCAUCAAUGUAGCUUAUUAGCAGUAUGCUGUUUUAUGCCUGAUUGUCAAUGUGCUACUUUUGGGGUCAGUAACAGUGUUUUUUGGUCCCUCAUACAUGUUCCACUGGUGGAUCAUGUGCAUCUCCUCCCACUUCCAUGUUCAGGAAGGAGAAGGUGGGACUGCAGGUCAUUAUAGUCCUGGUUGAACAUGGUAUGUCUGCCUUAGAGAAGAGUGAGGAGCUAUUUAGACUCCCUGGACAGUUCCACGUGGAUCCCCAUUGCCUGGAAGAGGCGCUCAAGACACCUUGCUCAAGCGUGGACACCUACCUUCAGAGAAUUAAAAGGAAAUGUUUACAGUCUAGCACUGAAGCUCCUUCUGUGUGGCUGCAGGAUGGCGAGGCCAUGAAGAUCUAAGCCUGGCCAGUAUCAUUGCACCUUUAGCACAGUGCAGGUACUCUGCAGCGAGCUGCCAUCUUACCUGCUGGCACUGGGCCCUUCAGGCUGGGCUGAGCCUGGCCCAGCAGAGGGACGAGCUGGUGACACAGGGACGAUGGGGAGCUGCUGCAUCUCCCCAUUCCCAGCCCAUUGCUGCAUCUCCUUCUGUGCUGCAGGCCCUGCGGCAGGAUGCCUUUGGCACCCGGUACGCUGUGUCCCAGAUUCGCAGGUGUGCUCCUUGAUUCCCUGAGCACAGGGAUGCUGGGGGAGCCAUGAAGGGCCCCCAGCAGAGGCAGAGGUGGUGUGGGGCAUGCAAGGAGGAAGCCAGGUGUCUGGGAGGAAGUAGGCAAGGCCAAAUUCACAUUCAGGAGGAAGAUUAGAAAAGAGGUAGAGUCAUUUCCAACCCAUUUUAUGUUGUGAAACAUCCCUUCUUUUUCCUCCUGAGCUCAAAAACAGGGUCUCCUUCCUAGAACAGGGUCCCCUUACUGGCAUCCCUGUCUCUUUCCUCAGCAGACCACAUCUCCUCACUGCACAUGGCAAGAGGGGCCUCAUUCUUAUUUAGAAAAUGCAGUGUUAUCUUUUCACGGGAAAUGAGAGAGAGCUCAGAAAUUGUUCCCUGCAGCCUCACCAGUAACUGUAAGUAUCGGUUUCAGCUGUCUAAGCACACCAACACAUUCUUCAGACUAUUCCUUCUGCCUGACACAACACAAAGCCUAAUGAGGAAAAGUGAAGCAGUCUUUGGGCUGUUUACAUUAGCUUUAAUAGUUUGGCAGUACCUUAAUACCGUGCCUAGCCUUUUACUCAGUCAUUUCCUAGGAGUCAAGAUUAAGGUCCUGAAAGAGCUGCUAAUGUGCUGUAGCAUCUAUGUUAAUGGGAUUUGCCUUAGCUUGGGAUUUCGUCAAGAUUGAAGUGAGUUUGUUGGGUUUUUUUUCCCCCUGGAGACUGCAUAGCAGAUAGUCCUGGUUGCACAGGAGGAGUUGAGGAGGGGAUCAGCCAGUGGCUGAGAUCUCUCGCCCAGACUCCCUCGAACUGGCAAACCCAGCACCUCCUUCCGCAGCUUCAUCAGUAGAUCCAGCAAACUCACUGUGCCAACAAUACUGCUUUUCUUAGCAGAAUUUCCUGGCAUGUGAAAAACAAAGCUGUUUGGAAAUAGUUUCAGGUUGAGUUCUAAGACACAAGCCUGCAGCUUUCUUCUUCUUGGGACCUGCGCCUGAAAUAAUGUAACGCAAAAGUAAAAUAAAGGCCCUUGUUCAUAUCUCUGUUAUACCAGGUUUUCAUUGCUCUGACAGCACAGACCUCACUGUAAUUACACUGGCUUGUGUAAGAUUGGAGCUCAGUCUGUUCUUUUUGAAACCUUCAUGAGCAAACAGUGCUAUAGGAUUUCUGUCCGUCUUCCUGGCAUUAUUUUGUUGCUUAAACAAGGCAAUUUAGCUUCUGCUACUGUGAUGCUGAAACAAAUCUUAUUCUUUUGGAAUGGAGAUGUACUUGCUAAUCUCUCUCAUCACAUCCUUAGCAGUGGCUGUCUUUUCCAGUUAUAAUUCACUGUAGGCUUGGAGCAGACACAGAAACAUGCUGUGUUGUUAAAACUUGUUCCUGGUAAUUCGAUGUCUAGUCCAAGAACUCAGCCUAUUGCCUAUGGGCCAUACUUUAUUAAGGAAUGGAAAUUUGUUCCCUCUUCUCCACUUACCAGUGCUAACAAUAAAAGACUUUUUCACCAUGGGGAAAAGGAAAAAAACCACCUUUUCUGAUGGUGGAUAUUCUUCACUGCUGUUGUGUUAAUAAUGAGGCUGCAAUAGCCUUGCUAGGGCUUCUACCCAAUACAUGGUAGUUAUUUGCAGUUCACUAAAAACAGAAGUAUGGGCAAAGAAAAAGUUAUGGAAGUCAGAUCCAGAGCCAAACUUUCUCACUGCAGUGUAUCCAUUCAACCAAACUGAACAGCAGGUCACAUCACCUUUGCAUCUGGAGAUGUUUCAGAGUUAUUGUCCACUACUAAACCGGGAGGUCUCUCAAGUUGGUCUUCUCGUUAACACAUCCUUCUGCACUAGUGGGUUCUUGUUCCCCACUUGCAGUCUCAUAUCAGUUGUGAGCACUGAUGUCACAAAACGUAUCUCACUGUCACUUUUUUUUUUUUCCUCCUUUGCUGUUCCCUUGAUAUAUAUGGAAUGAUUCUUUUUUGUUGUUCUGGGAGAAAGAAUAUCUUGUUUCCAGGCUGGUGGGGAUGACCCUGUAUGAGAUGAACAAUCACAAUAAAAGAAUUCUGCUGGAGCAGAUUGCUGCAUCCUCCCCACAUCUAGCAAAAAGCAUACUUGGAAAAGGUACCCAGUAUGCACUGAAGCACUUUUUCUGUUUGUUUUUUGUAAUACUUACUGUGUUGAUUUUUUGUGGAGGGAAAUGGGUUCCGUAGCCUGCAAUGUCCUUGGCUUUCUGGGCUCAGUGAUUUCAAAUAAAUGUUGGAAGUAAAAAAAAAAAAUUAAAAAAAAAUAAAUUAAAAGCUUCCCAUCAGUCACCAUAUUUAAGACAAAAGGGUAAAUUAAUAGGCUGUAAAUUUCUUAAUUCUUUAGGAAUUUUUCUUCUGUUUAUGUGCAAUAAUGUGUGUGAACUCUGCUACUAAGAGCUUGUAUUGUGAGUAACCAUAUCUACUUUUAUUCCUAUUUAAAAGAUAGUUUGUAGACCUAGAGAUUUUCAUUGAUGUAAAGCACAAUUCAAUGAAUUAUUUAAUGUGUUUAACCAUUGUGAUGUCAAAAGCGAUUGUUUUCAUAUAUUUAUUUGUUGGUGGUUUUUCUGUAAAAUGAUACUCAUUAAGAAAUCUGUUGAAAAUGAAGAAGUUUUGUUGAAUAUUGUUGGGUCCAUGAAUUACUUAUGAGCAACAAAUAAACAUUGUUUGCGUUUUUGAAACACUAAA